CUCGCAAGCGAUCGGGAUUGCUGUUAAUAUGUCAAAAUGGGUCUGCUGACGCCACUCCUGCUCUUUGGAUUUGCAUUUUUUCAAGUCUAUGGAUCCCGUCUCCGCCAGGAGGACUUUCCACCACGGAUUGUUGAGCAUCCUUCAGAUGUGAUAGUCUCUAAAGGAGAGCCAACAACUCUGAACUGUAAAGCUGAAGGACGGCCAACUCCUACUAUUGAGUGGUAUAAGGAUGGAGAACGAGUGGAAACGGACAAGGAUGAUCCGCGCUCACACCGCAUGCUGCUGCCCAGCGGAUCUUUAUUUUUCUUACGUAUCGUGCAUGGACGCAGGAGUAAACCUGAUGAAGGAAGUUAUGUUUGCGUUGCAAGGAACUAUCUUGGAGAAGCUGUGAGUCGCAAUGCAUCUCUGGAAGUGGCAUUGCUACGGGAUGACUUCCGCCAAAACCCUACAGAUGUGGUGGUGGCGGCUGGAGAGCCUGCCAUAUUGGAGUGCCAGCCACCUCGUGGACACCCUGAGCCUACCAUCUACUGGAAGAAAGACAAAGUCCGUAUUGAUGACAAGGAAGAACGGAUCAGUAUACGUGGUGGGAAGUUGAUGAUCUCCAAUACAAGAAAAAGUGAUGCCGGCAUGUACACUUGUGUUGGAACCAACAUGGUGGGGGAGCGAGACAGCGAUCCGGCAGAGCUGACUGUCUUUGAACGGCCCACGUUUCUCAGGCGACCGAUUAACCAAGUGGUGCUGGAGGAGGAGGCCGUGGAUUUCCGGUGCCAGGUGCAGGGGGAUCCCACACCCACAGUCCGGUGGAAGAAAGAUGAUGCAGACUUACCAAGAGGAAGGUAUGACAUCAAAGAUGACUACACUUUGCGCAUUAAGAAGGCCACGGGCACAGAUGAAGGAACCUUCACAUGCAUUGCUGAGAAUCGAGUUGGAAAAGUGGAAGCCUCUGCUACCCUCACUGUGCGAGCUCCCCCACAGUUUGUGGUGAGACCACGAGACCAGAUUGUAGCCCAGGGUCGAACAGUGACUUUUCCUUGUGAAACUAAAGGAAAUCCCCAGCCAGCUGUUUUCUGGCAAAAAGAAGGAAGCCAGAACCUACUCUUCCCAAACCAACCUCUCCAACCCAACAGCAGAUAUUCAGUGUCACCAACCGGAGACCUCACUAUUACCAACAUUCAGCGGUCUGAUGCAGGCUACUACAUUUGUCAAGCACUGACAGUUGCUGGAAGCAUUUUAGCAAAGGCUCAGCUGGAGGUUACUGAUGUCUUGACAGAUAGGCCCCCACCCAUCAUCCUCCAGGGGCCAGUCAAUCAGACACUGGCAGUGGAUGGGACAGCUUUGCUGAAGUGCAAGGCGACUGGCGACCCCCUUCCUGUCAUCAGCUGGUUAAAAGAAGGAUUCACCUUCCUGGGCAGAGACCCUCGAACAUCCAUACAGGAUCAGGGGACACUUCAGAUUAAAACUCUGAGGCUGUCCGAUACUGGGACUUACACUUGUGUUGCUACAAGUUCCAGUGGGGAGACGUCAUGGAGUGCUGUGCUGGAGGUGACAGAAUCUGGUGGAGCAACAGUCAGUAAAAAUUACGAUAUAAGUGACCUCCCUGGGCCACCCUCCAAACCUCAGGUCACUGAUGUUUCUAAGAACAGUGUCACCCUGUCCUGGCAACCAGGGACCCCUGGAAGCCUACCAGCUAGUGCAUAUAUAAUUGAGGCUUUUAGUCAGUCUGUGAGCAAUAGUUGGCAGACGGUGGCUAACCACGUGAAGACCACUCUCUACACUGUGAGAGGACUGCGCCCCAAUACAAUCUACCUGUUUAUGGUGAGAGCUAUCAAUUCACAAGGUCUGAGUGAUCCCAGCCCUAUGUCAGAUCCUGUCCGAACACAAGAUAUCAGCCCACCAGCACAAGGUGUGGAUCACAGGCAAGUCCAGAAAGAACUGGGAGACGUCAUUGUACGACUGCAUAAUCCUGUUGUGCUGACACCCACGACAGUUCAAGUCACCUGGACGGUUGACCGCCAAUCCCAGUUUAUUCAGGGCUACCGAGUAAUGUAUCGCCAAACGUCUGGCCUACCUUCUCCAGCUGUAUGGCAGAAUUUGGAGGUCAAAGUCCCAACUGAGCGCAGCGCUGUCCUCGUCGGCUUGAAAAAGGGGGUCGCUUAUGAAAUUAAAGUUCGCCCUUAUUUCAAUGAAUUCCAAGGAAUGGACAGUGAAUCUAAGUCUGCUCGUACCACAGAGGAAGCUCCAAGUGCUCCUCCUCAGGCUGUUACUGUCCUGACAGUUGGAAACCACAACAGCACAAGCAUCAGCAUCUCCUGGGAUCCUCCCCCUCCAGAUCACCAAAAUGGAGUCAUCCAGGAGUAUAAGAUCUGGUGCCUAGGUAAUGAGACUCGAUUUCAUAUCAACAAAACAGUAGAUGCAGCCAUUCGAUCUGUAGUAAUAGGUGGCCUAUAUCCAGGUAUUCAGUACCGUGUGGAAGUUGCUGCAAGCACCAGUGCAGGUGUGGGAGUAAAAAGUGAGCCACAACCCAUAAUAAUUGGAGGUCGUAAUGAAGUUGUCAUCACUGAAAAUAACAACAGCAUAACUGAGCAAAUCACCGAUGUUGUCAAACAGCCUGCCUUUAUAGCUGGCAUCGGUGGUGCAUGUUGGGUAAUUCUGAUGGGUUUCAGCAUCUGGCUGUACUGGCGCAGAAAGAAGAGGAAGGGGCUCAGCAAUUAUGCAGUCACUUUCCAAAGAGGAGAUGGAGGACUAAUGAGCAAUGGAAGUCGACCAGGUCUGUUGAAUGCAAGUGACCCCAGUUAUCCUUGGCUUGCAGACUCUUGGCCUGCCACAAGUCUGCCAGUAAACAACAGCACUAGUGGACCAAAUGAUCUCGGCAAUUUCGGUCGUGGAGAUGUGCUGCCACCAGUGCCAGGGCAAGGAGAUAAAACUGCUACUAUGCUUUCCGAUGGAGCCAUUUACAGCAGCAUUGACUUCACCACGAAAACUAGUUACAAUAGUUCCAGCCAAAUAACGCAAGCCACGCCAUAUGCCACCACCCAGAUACUGCAUUCCAACAGCAUCCAUGAGUUGGCUGUCGACUUACCUGAUCCUCAGUGGAAAAGCUCAAUUCAGCAAAAAAAUGACCUGAUGGGAUUCGGUUACUCUCUCCCAGACCAAGGCAAAGGCAACAAUGCCUUGCUUUACAUCCCUGACUACCGCGUGGCUGAGGGAUUGGCUAAUAGAUUGCCACACAACCAGUCACAGGAUUUCAGCACCACCAGCUCCCACAACAGCUCCGAAAGGAGUGGCAGCCUCUCAGGUGGCAAAGGAGGGAAAAAGAAGAAAAACAAAAAUACUGCCAAGCCCCAGAAAAAUAAUGGUUCAAACUGGGCCAGUGUUCCCCUCCCACCCCCUCCUGUGCAGCCGCUUCCAGGCACAGAGCUGGAACACUAUGGGGUGGAUCAGCAAGAAGCAGGAUAUGACAGUGAUGGUUGGUGUCCGCCUUUGCCGGUUCAGACCUACCUACAUCAGGGCAUGGAGGAUGAGCUUGAAGAAGACGAUGAUCGUGUUCCCACACCUCCUGUCCGAGGAGUAGCUUCAUCACCUGCAAUCUCCUUUGGGCAACAGUCAACUGCAACCCUCACACCUUCUCCACGAGAGGAGAUGCAGCCAAUGCUUCAAGCCCACCUUGACGAAUUAACUAGGGCUUACCAGUUUGAUAUAGCAAAGCAGACAUGGCACAUCCAAAGCAAUACACAGCCUCCUCAGGCUCCUGUUCCGCCCCUAGGAUAUGUAUCUGGAAACCUUAUUUCAGAUUUGGAAACAGAUGUUCCAGAUGAUGAUGAUGAUGAGGAGGAUGAUAUUGAAGAAGAAACUGUAGAAAUCAGUAGGCCGCUAAGAGGUCUAGAGCAUACUCCAGGCUCCAGCAUGGACAAUCUAGACAGCUCUGUGACAGGUUCAAUGGUAAAUGGAUGGGGUUCUGCGUCUGAUGAGGAUCGUAACUUUUCUAGUCAUAGAUCUAGUGUAGGUAGCUCCUCAGAUGACUCGAUCUUUACCAGCGGCAGUUUUGCACAAGCACUGGUUGCAGCAGCAGAUAAAGCUGGUUUUAGGCUGGAUGGAACCAGCCUGACAAGAACAGGCAAAGCAUACCCUUCCUCUCAGAGACCUCGGCCAAGCAGUCCUUUUUCUACUGACAGCAACACCAGUGCAGCUGUCAAUCAGAGUCAGAGGCCGAGGCCCACUAAAAAACACAAGGGAGGACGGUUGGACCAACCCCCCUUGCCUCAUCGUAGGGAGGGAAUAACAGACGAUCUUCCACCACCACCCGACCCGCCCCCUGGUCAGGGUUUAAGGCAGCAAAUAGUCCCCGGCCAGCGCGGAGGCUCGGCAGAGAGGAAAGGAAGCUCUCUUGAGAGGCAGCAUGCACCGAACAUAGAUGAAACAAAGAGCUCCCUGGACCGGCAAGCUAGGACGUCACUAGAGUGGCAGCGGCAAACCCAGGAGUGGAUAAGCUCUACAGACCGCCAAGAGGAUUUCAGGAAAGCCCAACACAAACAAGCCUUCGGAUCAGAAGAGGCACUCGUACCAUAUAGUAAACCCAAUUUCCCAUCCCCUGGCGGCCACAGCUCUUCAGGAACAGCUUCUUCUAAAGGAUCGACCGGACCUAGAAAAGAGUAGUUGAGAAGACACAUUGCAAGCUGCUCUGAUGGACCAUCAGGUCUGAACUCAUGGAAGUGAUGACAAUAAACAGUGCAAUGAACAUUUUCUUUAUUUAUGUACUAUUAAAAGAACUGUAAAUGCAAUGUAAAGACACACAGCCACACAUAUCCCACAGAUACUUUACUUGUGUUCUUCUCUUUAAUACACCAUCCACCUUAAACUAUUCCUUGUCAGGAGUAUAUAAAAAAGAAAGAAAAAAAAAAUCACCCUCCAGGAAGAAAAGGAUUUCCUUCUGUAUAUAAUUUCUUUGGUUGCAUUGCUAUGCAAGCUCACCUUCUUUUUAGCUAUGUUCAUAUUCAUGUCUGUUUUUAUUGGUCUGUUGUACUAUAUGUGAAUUAAUAGGCUGUGGUGCCAUAUAUUAACUUUUAAUUGUGUAACUUUUAUGUUGAAAGUUUGCACUGCAAUUUUAUUUGGUGAUAAGCACAAAACUCUACUCCUCAUGACAUGAAGAAAAAAAAAAGACUGAAUGUGUGAAGGUUUACGUACUGUAAGCUACUUUGGAUAAUGCUGGAUGUAAAGGAGUAUGUUAGGUGGUUUUCCACUGGGGUGUAGAAAUGAGAAAGUGACAGGCAAAACUGAUGUCACUGAAGACAUCAGAGACAGAUAUAAAUCUUUUAAAAGCAAGCAACAUAGUUGCUCUUCCUAUCUAAGAAGGGGUCAGAAGUUGGAAGUGUGAGAUUAAAAAGUGAAUAUGAAAAUUAAAGGUAGCAUGAGAUGGCCUAGACCCUUUCACUAGAGUGAUGCCCUUAGUAUCUGUUUUUAGCCAUCCCAUGCCACUAAGUAAAGGGGAAGAAAAACAAACCUUGCUACAAACAAAAGAACUUAAGGUGUUUCACUAAAGCUGUUUUUAUAUUGCAGUUUUAAAAGAAUUAUUACCAUAUAAUUUCUCCAACCCAAAAUAUAUGACAGAGAUUGCCCAGGAGAAACGAACGAUAUAAACUCAAGGAAUACCUAGUAAGUAGUUAAGGAUGCAAUUUAUUAUUGUGACAUAUUCAGGCUGCUUCCAAAAAAUUGCAACGUCAGAGUAUGGUAUUUCAUCUUUCCAAUACAUGUACAGUACAAUAGAGGAUAGAGCUGCACCACUGAAAUUCAUGACAUUAAUUGUUUUGAUGCAGUCUAAACAAACCUUUGUGUUCUGUUUCCUGAAGUCUGUGAGAGCUGAAGCUGGAUCCACUAAAUUUGUAGUAAUAUGUUUAGUGUUUGGAAGGAAAGCAACGGUCAAAUUAUUUUCAGCUUGCAUUAAGUACAUUUCUGGCAAUACAGUACAUCCAAAAAGUCGGAUACAAGCAAAGAAAAUCUUUGACCUGUGUUUUAGUGAGUGGCUUCAAACCCUACUAUGAUGAGGAAAUAAUGCAUGUUUAUACACUUUUUGAAUAAACCAGACUCUGUAAGUGGACAUUAAUGACAGCAUCCUGUCUUCAUUAGUUUUCAUGACUUUGUCCAAAUCUGCUGUACCUCUCAAAUCUCAGUGAGUAAAUUGUCAGAGUUUUCUUAGACUAAUGUAUGUGGAUAGCCCACUCAUUUGAUGCUUAAUUGCAUCCUACAGCUUAUUUCUGUUAGUUAUCUGUCCAUGAACACAAGCUUCCAUUUGAAUACCCUUUUCAUAUAACCAGUCUAUGUUGUUUUAUAUAUUGCCUUGGAGCUCACCAGUAUUAAGAACACUUUUAGUAAUGGCAGAAUUUUAGAAAAGUAAAUUACAAUGCUAAAUAUGUGUUGCUUUUCAUUUCAUUAACUUGUUCCAUGAUAAGAUAAAACACUACAGCCAUCAACUAUAACUCAGCACUACGGAAUAUUUAAAAAAUGCUAGUUAACUUUCUUGAGGUCAAGACUGUUAUUUGGCAGGUUACAAACCAAAAAGUUGAGAAAAAAGAUGUGUGCAUUUAUUUAUAUAUGUGACCAAUGAAUAGAUGUAAUUUUCCUGCUUGUUAAACCAUUAUAGUUAAAACCAUUACCUAAAAAUGUGCAAAAAUGUUCAGCAAGAUAAAGAAGGCAUCAUAUUUACAUAUGUAUGUUUUUUAUUUUGGUAUUAACAUAUGACGAGAAGACUAUUCAGGGUACAAUUGAAAUUUAAUUCUCUGGAAAAUGUUUAACUCAGUCACCGGUAAAUUUUUUUUUUUCCUUUUAAUUCGAAAGCUUGUGCUGAGCUUUGGUGGAACACCUUACUCACUAUCUUCUAUUCAAAAUUCAGUAUCAUUAGAUGUUGAUAAAGCCAUCCCAAUUACUUUCAAAUACGUGUUUUAUCUCUUCCACUGGAAAGUAAAUGUGUGUCAGUAUUAAAGCUGUGCAGUACCAUGAUAUUCACUAACUUGUCCAUCUGCUUCUGUACAUUUUUGUUCAUUAAUAAUUUGCUUACAAUAUUACAUAAGGUGUUGUGUAUCGCAAAGUGUCUCCAUUAUCUUACAGGUGAUGUCUCUUUUUUUUUUCUCUCUCUCUCUCUUUUCUAUACAGUGUACUUCCAAUGAACCACAGUACAUAUUUUUUAAAAUACCAUUUAAUUUACUAUUUUGAAAGAAGUAUCCUUUUUUUAAAAAAAAAUUGAAAACAUUUAUUGUGAAUAAUGUGUUUAAAGAAAAGGGAUGUUGUGGCAGCACUUAGAAUUGUUUUUUUUUAAUUUGUUUUUUUAAAAAAUUGUUUAUUGGCUACAGUUUGUUCACGAAAAAGUAUGAUCUCUUAAUGUGUUUCAUUGGUAUUGUUAGUGCAGCAAAGUUUAAUUGGCAUAAAGAGUUGGUUGAUAGUACUGUUGAAGUGUGUAUUGUAUAUUUACUGGGGAAAAAAUAAAACAUAUUCACCUUUCAAAUCUA